AUUUCACCUGUCAUCUGGAAAUGACAUAUCUAAACAUACGACUGAUAAUCAUCCAUAUUUUCGUAUGUUUCGGAGCAGUUUACGACCCGAUCAAGGUCACGGACUUCUGCGACUUCCCAUGCGAGAAAGCCCAGGACAAGAACUUCCUGUGCAAAAUGGGAACGGAAUGCGAGGUGGUCGAAAACUGCGAGUACAGGCCGCUCGACGACAAAUUCAGAUUGUCCAUAUUGGAAAAGCACAACCAGCUGAGGAACAUGUUCCCGGACGAUUUGGAGAGAAGAGGCUACAAACCGAAGCCGAGCAACAUGAGGGCGUUGUCGUGGGACUUGGGCCUGGAGUUCGUCGCCACCUGCGAGGUGCGGAUGUGCGAGAUCAAGAAACUCUUCUGCAAAACCACCAGAAGAUUUAGCAGCAUCGGCCAAAACUAUCGGAUCAUCUUCCAGGACAAGCAGAACCUAACCUCCACCGACGAGUACUUCACCGACGACCACAUACUGAGCCUCAUCCAGGAGUGGUACGACCAAAUCAACAUAGUCUUCGACAACAAGCUGGAGUCGAUCUUCGUGCAGUUCCACGAAAUACCGCAGAAGUACUUCUCGGACUUCACGCAGAUCGUGUGGGCGAGGACGUCGCACGUCGGCUGCGCCAUGUCCCAUCAUUUCGUCAACAAAAUAUUCUUUCUGGUCUGCCUGUACGGGAGGACGGGCAAUCGCGAAGGGCAGCCGGUCUUUCGACCCGGCUCACCUUGCGAGGGCUGCGUGGGCGUGAAAUGUAACGAGGUGUACACGAAUCUGUGCGGGCCCAUUGAGCCCAUAAACAUCGACGACAUGCACGGAAGCAAUUCGAAGAAGGUCUCUAUGGAAUAUACGUUUGUAACGUUUGUUAUUGGAUUUAACGUUAUAAGUUUUUACUAGUCAAUACGAGGCAAGUUGGGAGUAGAGAUCAGAGACCUGGAUUAAAUGAUGUAUGAUUAUAAUCGAAAGGAAGUACCCAUGUUAAUUAGGCAAUCUUUUCAACGCACUACUUGAGACGAGCUGCAGAUGAUUAUGUGAUUUUGCAUAUUUAAAUAUCAUCAUUAAUUAUCGUAAGCUAAGCGAACUGCACAAACUACAAACCAUCUUACACUUUCAGUGUACGUUUUACAAUCUUUUGUUCUUUGAGUAAAUUCUUGGACUUGUCCAUCGUGAAAUUCGUUUUUUAUUUGAUCAAAUAUUUGUCGGGUAAGGUCCUCGACUUAUUAGCUUAAGGUUUAAGUACCUACCAUCUUCAAUAAUUCACCGUUAGGUUAAAUAAAGAAAAACUCGUCAUUGUUGUGCAUUGCAUUCCACUGAUGAUCAAAACGAAUUGAGCGCAAGUAAUCAGCAUUGUGAUUUAACGAUAAACAUUUGUAACACUUCUAAUUAUUGUAUUUUGUAACACAAUAAUCUUUUAUAGAUGAAGUACCGUUUUUAUCUGUCGAAUUAAAACACUUAAUUAAUUCAUUGUGAGUAAAUUAUAAAAAUUUAUACUUUAAUUUACCAAUUGGUGUUAACAUUUUAAUUACAAUUUUGUUGUGAAUCAAUCUUUAAUAUUUGUAGGCAAUAAAAGUACUUUAAAUUAUACAUAA